CAUUAAACGGAUCACCAUCAAAAAAAUGGAACUCGAUUCGACCAAAUUGAUUCACAGCCGGCCGGACAGACUCACGUGACGGAGACACGCCUCACCAUGCAAGCACGCGCCACACACAAGCGUCCAAACACUCGAGCCUCAUCUCACAUGUUCUCUGUUCAUCCCUAUCUUUAAAGCUCAUGGUCUCUGCAUCGACCGACCUUAAUUAACGUCCCUCUGUGAAUUCAAUUACACACUUAAACUUCACAUCGACAGUUGCAGAUCAAGACGAUGCAUCUUGUGUUUCUUUGUCUUGUUUUAUCGUCGCUUAUAACCGGAGCGAAUUGGUCCCCUUCUCCACCUCCUCACCACCGUCAAUUUGUCGUCGAAUUCGAAGAAAAACCCGACGGGAACACCGAAGUGUCGAUUUCACUGCACGACGAUUCCGGGAUGGUGAUCGAGAAGACAAAAAACAUGGUUUCUGCUAAACCCCAUGAUGUUUCAAGCAACUUGGAAGAGCAAGUGAAAGAAGUAAUCGAUAAAUCAGUUGGUGAUCCUAAAGUCAAACUAUCGGAAAAAGUCAAGGAUGUGGUUGGAAACGCUGUGAGGAAAGCAGUAGGCUUGUUUACAAUCGGAGAAAGCACAAAAGGAGCGCUCAAAGACUUGGUAGUUAAAAUGAAACAAUGGGAUGUUAUCGAUUCACCAAAGCGAAUAGGGGAAGAUAUUGAAAGUAACGCUAGCCUGAAAGUUGAAGAAGCGGUAGAAAAAGUGAAAGAGACGGUGAAAAUCGUAAAGGAAACUAGUUGGAAUGAUCUUCUAACAAAACCCACCAGAAAGAUGACAGUUUUAAUAGACAAGAUACAAUCAGUGAUCAGUUGGUGUCACUUAUUAGGGUUCUCGACAGCUUAUGGGAUGGGGGUGUGGGUUACGUUCUUUUCGAGCUGUGUUUUGGGCAAAUGUCUACCUAAGCGAGAGUACAGAAUGAUCAUAAACAAGUUGUACAUGGUGUAUUUCAGGGCAAUGGCGAAUUGUGUUGGAGCAGCUCUUAUCGGGUAUCUUGUGAGCCGAGGGAGAAACGUGUUCUUUUUGUCCAACAAGAUGGCGAUAUUUCAAGGGUUCAAUCUCCUCUCUGCCUUUCUUAUGAAUUUGACUAAUCUGAUGUUCUUAGAGCCUCGAGCAACAAAGAGAAAGAAGAUAAAGGAGGACAGUGGAACAAAAAUUGUAGUAUCAGAGAAGCUAAAGAAACUGAACACAUACUCCUCGACAUUGAAUGUCUCGACAAUGGUGGUGCUCACAUGGCACCUCGCAUACAUAGGUCAACUAGUCCAAGCUCCACACCCAUGAUCUAUGGCUGCAAGAUAAGGCACCUUGUUACAAGACCAAUUAUUCUACUUUGUAAGAACAAAACAUUGUUGAGUAUGUAGGGCUUGUUAGUUAUUACCACCAUAGGGCCUUUCACAUUGCCUUUUGAGAGUCAAUAGAUAGGUAUCCUUUUUUACAAAAGUUAAGGGUUAAAGUGUCGGGCUGGGUUAAGACGAAAUAUUUAGGUUUAGCAAUAGGGUGGGUUAGUAAGUUUAUAUGUAAUUUGUGCUAAAAAUAUAUAUUUACAGCUUAUUUGUAUUUAAUUGUCACGGAAAUAGUAUGUUAGUUUGGUAGAAGUUAACAGGGCUCUUGUUGUAACUAGACAUAGUUGGUGUAAAGUGCGGGUGAACUUUUUAACCAAAAAACGGAAUCAGAACGUAUUCAGUGCA